GGACAGUUAUUACAGGUUGAAAAGCCCAGACCAAUUUUUCAAGAGUUUGCCCUUUUUUUUUUCUUUCUGAAACUCAUGGUGUUUUUGCUCUGCUUUCAAGAUGCGUUAAGGUCUCCUGUGUAUUGACUGCUUUGGAGCCAGCCAGUAUCCUGACAUGUACAAUUCGAAUUAUGCAGGUUUCAUGAAUGUUGCAUUUUUUACAAAUUGAAUGCAAGACCCUCUACCAGCAGAAAGAUUACGACUCACUUUAUUGUGGUACUCACUCUAAUUGUGGUGAUUUGGAAUGAACCCUCAAUAUCUCUGAGAGAAGAAGCCAGCAAUCAAGACAGAAGAAGCCAGUGAGUUAGAAGAACCAUAGAGAAUGGUGGUUUGGAUGCCAAAUGAAGAGUGUCUCAAAGGAAGGUAACAUUUCAUUGGUUGCUUUUCCAGUUUCCAGCACCAACUCACCAACAAAGAUUUUACCAAAAACCCUAGGACCAAUAAAUGUGAAUGUUGGACCCCAAAUGAUUAUAAGCACACCACAGAGACUGACCAGUUCAGGAAGUGUUCUGAUCGGGAGUCCAUACACCCCAGCACCAGCAAUGGUCACUCAGACACACAUAGCGGAAGCUACUGGCUGGGUUCCAGGUGAUAGAAAACGGGCUAGAGAAUUUAUAGACUCUGAUUUUUCAGAAAGUAAACGAAGCAAAAAAGGAGAUAAAAAUGGAAAAGGCUUGAGACAUUUUUCAAUGAAAGUGUGUGAGAAAGUUCAGCGGAAAGGCACAACGUCAUAUAAUGAAGUAGCUGAUGAGCUGGUAUCAGAGUUCACCAAUUCAAAUAACCAUUUGGCAGCUGAUUCGCAGGCUUAUGACCAGAAGAACAUUAGGCGAAGAGUUUAUGAUGCUUUAAAUGUGCUAAUGGCAAUGAACAUAAUAUCAAAAGAAAAAAAAGAAAUCAAGUGGAUUGGCCUGCCUACCAAUUCUGCUCAGGAGUGUCAAAACCUGGAGAAAAUUCUUGAUAUCUCAGAAUUGGGACCUGAAAAUGAGCAGUGCUUUAUACCCUACACAUCUUCAUGUUAUUUUGUGACCUGUGUUUCAAAGAUAGAGAAGCAGAGGCGGAUAGAACGGAUAAAGCAGAAGCGGGCCCAGCUGCAAGAGCUUCUCCUGCAGCAAAUCGCUUUCAAAAACCUGGUACAAAGAAAUCGGCAAAAUGAACAGCAGAACCAGGGCCCGCCAGCUCUGAACUCCACCAUUCAGCUGCCGUUUAUAAUCAUCAACACGAGCAGGAAGACAGUCAUAGACUGCAGCAUCUCCAGUGACAAGUUUGAAUAUCUUUUCAAUUUUGACAACACCUUUGAGAUCCAUGAUGACAUCGAAGUGCUGAAGCGGAUGGGAAUGUCCUUUGGCCUGGAGUCAGGCAAAUGUUCUCUGGAGGAUCUGAAACGUGCAAAAUCCCUGGUGCCAAAGGCGUUAGAAGGUUAUAUCUCAGAUAUCUCCACAGGACCGUCAUGGUUAAACCAGGGGCUGCUUUUGAACUCUACCCAGUCAGUUUCAAGUUUAGACCUGACCACUGGUGCCACCUUAUCCCAAUCAAGUGUAACCCAGGGGUUCUGCUUGGAUGCUGAAGUGGCCUUAGCAACUGGGCAGAUCCUUGCCCCAAACAGUCACCAGUCCAGCAGUGCGGCCUCUCACUGCUCCGAGUCCCGCGGCGAGACGCCCUGCUCACUCAACGACGACGACGAGGAGGAAGAGGAGGAGGACUCCUCCUCCCCAGAAUAAAGACAGGACGAAACCCACGUUUUCCUAUUGAUGCUCAUGUGUGUUUUAGUGUGAGCUCUUGUUUUUGAAAUGAUUGCUUCAGUCCUUGCUUCUGUUUGCACUGUGUGUCCAGUGGAAACUAGGGAAACACAAUCUGCGAAUUACACGCAGGCUGACACGCUUGAGAUGAACGUUACCGUCUGUGAAUGAGAACUGACAGUAGGGUAGUAGGUCACCUCUCAGAGCGAGCUUUCUGAGGGGACAGCGGGACAGGCCUGGGAGAGCUGGGCUGCAUGAACAAAGCUCAUUUACCUUCCGCACGUGGGACCUCUGGUCCCCCACCCACGUGACCCUCCUUAGAACCAGGAUUGCUUCUCUCCGUGGGAGGCACGAAUGGGCGUGACGAGCUCCGGUGGGUGCGCGGUGCAGUGUGGGAGGGAGUUGGGCCUGGGCACAAGCUGCACUGCGGAGCUAGCUGAAAGCCUAGUUGAGGUGCUUUACGCAUCAGCUGCCUUAGACAGCUUCUAGAAAGGAGCGCGCUAACUCUUAAGUACUUAAGUGACAUUUAGAAUAAUUUAUAGUAAAAUGGAAAUGAUCACUAUUAGCCAAUGCAUUUGGUGCAUAGAAUUUUUUAGGGCUACUUCUGGAAGCCAAAGUAGAAUAGCCUUUCCACGUGCAUUAAAUACUUUGCCAGCACUGCCUUUGCCAGCGUUCUAAAUCUGGGGUUUCUCAGAGAAGGAAAGUAUCAUUUUAAUCAGAGCGAUGCAUUUCAUACAGCGCUUUCAUUUAAGACAAAGGAACACAUCCCUCUGACCAGAUUGCUUGCUUACAGUUCCCUGUAGUAAUUGUGUGAUUUCACCCAGUGUGCAGUUGAUGAAAAUGAACCAAGUGUCAUUUCCCGAGUAUGAUAGCACUGUUUUCCUGUCCAUGUCACCUUUUAUACAUUUUCAUUAAUCCAAA